AUGUGGAGAAACCUCCAAACAAAGCAGCACAACUUUCGCAGAACUCGGAGUCGUCACAGUGCGAACUUUUGGAAGAUGAUGCCAAAGCAACGUCGACUGAGAGGAAUUACCGUACCCGACUACGCUCGAGCCACGGCAGUCUGGCAUCUAGGAAAGAUAGAUUCUCAUUCGCGCAGCAUCAGCCAGCCUCAUCACUUGGUGAAGGUCGGCGACGUCAAACGGAGUGAUCACUACAAAGUCCCUCGACGCCUCCGAGGAGGAGAAUCUUCCUCCGAAGCAGGAGGCCACAGCCCUCCUCCUCCUCCUCCUCCUCCGCGCUGUACCCGCGGCUCUGGCGCUUGCUUUUCCAAGCAACUCAUUACAAUACAGGAGCAGGAUGACCUACAGUCCCGCGUGUCACCUCGUUCCGCCAAUGGUGUGGCACCCCGGGCCCCCUCCUCCCCGCACAAGAAGCUGCUGCUGCGACCUCGAGCAUUAUCGCCACAACUGGUGCGCGAGAGCAACCUCGGGACCUGCUCCCGGCCCCGGAACGAACGUUCGGCUUCCCGGUCACAGGGCUCCGGGCUGGCCGCCUUUCCUCCGCGACAUGACUUCCUCCCGCUCUACCAGCCCCUCCGGAGGACUUUCUCUGCCGCGCCCCCCCCCCCUUCCAGCUGGCUCUCACCACCAGACCCGUUCACCCGGCGUGCCCCGGAUCCCGGGCAACGUCUCGGCUGCCGGCGAUCGCCCAAAGGAGACCUCCGACAGAGCGUGGGUGGGUGGGUGGCGGUCAGAAAGAGCCCGUGGGGGUGGGGGGAGCGUCACCUCGCCCGUCGGCCACCGUCCACUAUUGUGCCCUACGGGGCGGUACAGUGGGACUCGCGACGGACGGACGGACGUCGGGCGCGUCGCACGCGCUUGACCGAGCGUCCCGGUCGGACUCGCGGUCGGAAGGAGCUUCGCAGCUUUCGGCAGUGGGCUCUUCGGUCCAACCGAGUGCUCGUGACGCGAUUUCCACGAAGGCCGCGGUCCAAAGCAGCGUCGCGAUGUCCACGUCGCGUCGUGGACAGACCCGGGAUUCGAUCGAUCUCACCUAAUGAUACAGUGCGGAGUGCCUUCAGUGCGCAGGCCCUAAGGCUCAGAGUCAUGCCCUCGGAGCCUCGCUUUCCACCAUUCAGAAUAUCUCAUGCACUCACGAACGACGUCGCGAAUUCCCGCUUUUGGGUCGGUCUGGAUCCUCGAAAUCUGAAUCCUCGGUGUCUGGCCCAUCCAUUCAUCGAAUGUUCCUUCCUUUCUGCCAAGACAUCCGUGACCUCGACGGAAGGUGACGCCCAUUUUCCUCGAUGA